AUGGAUCUCAUUGAGUACAAAUACCACCGGAUAAUGCAACACUCAAAAGCCUUCUUCUAUCUUCAUAUGAACAAGGGUGGAAAACUACUAGCCCAAAUGCUGAGGGGACAACAAGCUCCAGCACAGGUACACAAGAUACGGACAACAACGGGAUGCUUGACACAAUUUCUGGAGGAGUUAGCAGACGAAUUCCGCAAAUACUAUACAAAACUAUACAACAUCAUCCCCUCCAAGCCAGGACACAAGCCUUCAGAGAUACAAGAGACAUUGAAGAAUCCCUACAGGGAUCCGAACAGGAGACAAUUACACCAGCUGAGGAGGAACUCCUCGAAGCACCCAUCUCAGAAGCUGAAGUACAGUCAGUGA